UCAUUUGCGAUUUUCGUGGAUUUUAUAAUAAUUUUAAUAAAUUGUAUUUAACUUUUAAACAAAAGUUAAUUCUUUAACGGUUUGGCCUCAAUAAUGACAAACGUCAACACUGGAGAAUUACUGAACUUUCAGGACUACAGUCCUGAACACAACGAACGCAGUGCGCGUAUUGAUGUAGAAGCUGUACAUACAAAUCCAUAUAACUCUACUUUAUCUACCCCAAAUUAUAAUUUCGAAGAGCCAAAGUCACCAGCUGAUGAACAACCUGCUCCCACAACUAAUCAUAACUUCUGGACAAUUGAGUAUUAUCAAAAGUAUUUCGAUGUACAAACCGAUGAAGUCAUGGAAAGGAUUAUAUCUUCAGUUCUCCCUCAAAAGGUGUCACGUAACUACUUUGAUGAAAGAAUAAAGGGGAAGCCAGAUUUGUAUGGACCUAUAUGGAUUUCUGUGACAUUAAUAUUUACAAUUGCUGUAAGUGGUAAUAUAUCAAAUUACCUACAAAAUGCAAAUAAAGCAGUCCAUUGGAGAUAUGACUUUCAUCUUGUGUCAUAUGCUGCCACAGCAAUAUUCUGUUAUGUCUGGCUUGUUCCAUUGGCCCUGUGGGCAGCCUUAAAAUGGACAGUGCGCCCAGAUGGACAAGAUGAAAUAGAAACUCAGGUUUCAAAUUCACCAACAAUGAUGUCUUUGUUCUGCCUGUAUGGAUAUUCACUCUCAAUAUACAUUCCUGUUGCCAUCCUGUGGACAAUACAAGUGUCUUGGCUGCAGUGGCUAUUUGUUUUGAUGGCAGCCCUUGUAUCUGGAGCGGUUCUCAUAUUCUGGUUGAUGCCAGCAUUGAAGAAGUCUCAGUACAGCUUGAUACUGAUAGGGUCUAUACUGGCUUUCCACUUUUUACUUGCUACUGGUUUCAUGCUGUACUUCUUUCAUGUACCAAGUAGUGAUGUGAGUGUUACCAGUGCACCAGUUGUUUCAACAUUGAAACCAACAUAAUAUUUUAAAUUGUACUAUAAUUAAAGUAAUUAAAAUUUUCAUUCCAUAUUUAAA